AUGGACGAGGAAGGACCCCAGGUUCGCGUCAAGUUCGUGACCAAGGACGCGUCCAUCCGCGUGACGGAGACGCCGUUCGCGGUGCCCACGCGCCUCAACCGCCGCGGGCUCUCGCAGGUGGUCAACCACCUGCUGGCCACGGGCGACAAGCCGCGGCCCUUCGACUUCCUCAUCGACGGCCUGUUCCUGCGCUCGUCGCUGGACAAGUUCCUGCAGACGAGCGGCGUGUCGGAGGAGGCGCUGCUGACGCUCGAGUACGUGGAGGCGCUGCCCGAGCCGCAGAAGCAGAGCGGCAGCGACCACCCGGACUGGGUGAGCGCUGUGGCGGCGCUGGAUGGCGACCUGGUCGUCACCGGCUGCUACGACGGCGUGCUGCGCGUGUACGAUGCGCAGGGCGACUGCAAGGCCUCGGUGAAGGCGCACCAGGGCGCGGUCAAGGCGGUGAGCGUGGCUCCUAGUGCUGAGAAAGACGGCGAGUUUGUUAUUGCCAGUAGCGGAAAGGACCAGCUCGCGCAGCUGUGGCGUUUCUCCACCAUAACGGCGAAGCUGGCACCCGUGGCGGCGCUCACUGGCCACCUGAACAGUGUCGACACCGUGCAGAUGCACGCGUCCGGACAGCGUGUGGUGACCGGCAGCUGGGACAACACGGUGCGUGUGUGGCAGGCUCCUGGCGCCUCGGAGGACGCAGGUGAACAGCGGUCGGCGAAGAAGCACAAGAAGACGGAGGACGGCGCAGGCGCCGUGAGCUUCCAGCAGCUCGAGGCGGAGAUCGUGCUGGUCGGACACACGAGCUACGUGACGGGCGUGGCCUUCCGCCCCAAGAACUCGGAGCACGACGAAGACGUGGUUGUGUCGGCGGGCAGCGACCGCACCGUGCGUCUGUGGGAUCUGGUGACCCAGUCCUGCUCGCAGUCGCUCGUGGGCAACCGCGCCGUGUCGGACCUGAGCGUGAGCGCGAAUGGACUUGUGCUGACGGCCCACCCGGACAACUGCGUUCGUCUGUGGGACCCGCGUGCACAGCAGAGCGGCGAAAGCAUCGUACAGCGCACGUUCCGCUCGCACAAGGAGUGGGUGAGCUCGGUGGCCUGGCACCCGGACAGCUCGAGCAACGAGCACCUGUUCGUCUCCGGUGGAUACGACGGCACGGCCAAGGUCUGGGACGCUCGCAGCACGAUCCCUCUGCACACUGUCAACGCACACGAAGGCAAGCUGCUGGACCUGUCAUGGCGGAACCAGGGCGAGGGCGACAACAACGUGGCAUUCGUCACGGGUGGCGAGGACAAGAAGCUCAACUUCUUCAGCGUGUAA